AUCAGCCCAUGGCCCGGAGGUAUGAUGAGCUGCCCCACUACCCUGGCAUCGUGGACAGCACUGCAACCCUGGCUGGCUUCUCAGAGGCAGUGUCCUCAGCACCGAGAGCCCCCGGGCCCUACGGCCCCCACCGGCCUCCCCAGCCCCCGCCCUCAGGCUUGGACAGUGAUGGCCUGAGAAGGGAGAAGGAUGAGAUCUAUGGCCACCCGCUUUUCCCUCUGCUGGCCCUGGUCUUUGAGAAAUGUGAAUUGGCCACGUGCUCGCCCCGUGAUGGGGCUGGGACUGGGCUGGGCACACCCCCAGGCGGUGACGUGUGCUCCUCCGAUUCCUUCAAUGAGGACAUUGCAGCCUUUGCCAAGCAGGUCCGCUCUGAGAGGCCCCUCUUCUCCUCCAACCCGGAGCUGGACAAUCUGAUGAUACAGGCCAUUCAAGUGCUCCGCUUCCACCUGCUGGAGCUGGAGAAGGUCCACGACCUGUGCGACAACUUCUGUCACCGCUACAUCACCUGCCUCAAGGGAAAGAUGCCCAUCGACUUGGUCAUCGAGGAUCGGGAUGGAGGCUGCAGGGAGGAUCUCGAGGACUACCCGGCCUCCUGCCCCAGCCUCCCAGACCAGAGUAAUACAUGGAUUAGAGACCAUGAGGACAGCGGGUCUGUACAUUUGGGGACCCCUGGUCCAUCCAGUGGGGGCCUGGCCUCCCAGAGUGGGGACAACUCCAGCGACCAAGGAGAUGGACUAGACACAAGCGUGGCCUCCCCCAGUUCUGGGGGAGAGGACGAGGAGCUGGACCAGGAGCGGCGACGGAACAAGAAGAGAGGGAUCUUCCCCAAGGUAGCCACCAACAUCAUGAGAGCCUGGUUGUUCCAGCACCUCUCGCACCCGUACCCCUCAGAGGAGCAGAAGAAACAGCUGGCCCAGGACACGGGGCUCACCAUCCUGCAAGUCAACAACUGGUUCAUUAAUGCCCGGAGGCGCAUCGUGCAACCAAUGAUCGAUCAAUCCAACCGCACAGCCUGCACCCUCAACUCUCCUAGCAGGGCAGGGUGCGAACUUCAGCCCAGAGGGCCAGCCCAUAGGGGGCUACACGGAGACUCAGCCACACAUGACUGUCAGGCCACCAGGACCAAUGGGGAUGAGUUUGAACUUAGAAGGAGAGUGGCAUUAUCUAUAGAAGCUGGAUUCAGGAAAAAUACCCUAACCUCUGGACUGUGACCGCCAGGCUCAUACCUGGUUUUCUAGUUACCACCUGGCCCUCUGGCUUCAGGACCCCACCUCCUAUGGCUCUCCACCCCAACUCAACGCCUACCUCCCUGGGGCCCUGCUAGGACAUGAGGGGCCUAAGUGCCCACUUGAGGGUCUCUCAAGGACAAAGACAAGGCCUCUAGACCCUGACCCCACUUCUGCCCUCACCUCUGCCCGGAACCCAAGCUGAGACCCUGGACCUGGGUCUUCAGAAGAAGGUGGCUGGGGGCCCCCCUGCCACAAGGACAGAGACGGGAUUGAGGGUGGGCUGGGGCCAUCAGAGAAGGAGAGUCACCUGGAUCCGACAUUUGGGGAGGUUCCCUUCAUGCCCCCAUCCCACCCCCCUUCCCCUCUCCCCUACCUCCCUUCUCUGUUCUCGUCUACAUUUUUUUAAAAUGAUAAAGUCUUAAAAAGCCA